CUAAAUGUUAAUGGAAGAAACUUCAAAAUUACAAAAUUACUAGGAGAAGGAGGGUUUUCUUUUGUAUAUUUAGCUGAAGAUGAUAAUAAAGAAUUAUUUGCAAUUAAAACUAUCCAUUGCAAAAUGGGAAAGGAAAUAGCUGAUAAAGCGAUUAAAGAAGCCAUCAUCACUGAUAGAUUUCAACAUAAGAACAUUAUUAAAAUUGUGGACAUGUGUAUGAUAAAGGAAGAUGAUGGAAGUAAAACAGUCUAUAUUAUUAUGCCUUUCUACAAAAAAGGCAAUUUGCAAGACUUGAUUGACGAAAAUAAGCAGCUUGGAAGACAUUUACCAGAGAAACAGAUAUUAAGACUAUUUAAAGAGAUAUGUGCUGGUAUUCAAAUACUAGCUAAUUAUAGGAAUAGAGCUAAUCUUCAUAUCCCAUGGGCACAUCGAGACAUUAAACCGGCUAAUAUAUUACUUUCAGAUGAUGGGAAAACACCCAUUUUAAUGGAUUUUGGGUCAGCAAAGCCAGCCAAUAUUGUUAUAAUGGAUAAAAAAACAGCCUUGAAGGAGCAAGAUGAUGCAGCAGAACAUUGUUCAAUGCCUUAUAGAGCACCUGAACUAUUUAAUGUGAAAUAUAAUUCAACACUCACUGCUAAAAUUGAUAUUUGGUCUCUAGGUUGUACGUUAUUUGCCGUGGCUUAUGGAGAAUCACCAUUUGAGAUGACAGUUAGUCAACAAGGAGGAGGGGCAUUAGUGUUGGCUAUUCUUAAUAGACAGUUUCAUUUUCCUGAUACAAAUUAUUAUUCCAGAGAGUUUCAGAAUUUAAUAUCAUGGAUGUUGACUGUAGAUCCAGAAUCUAGACCAGAUAUAAGAUCAGUUCUUGAAGCU